AAAUAAUUAAUUAAAUUUCAUUAAUUAAAUGAGUUUUUCAAAAAAAAAAGUAAACAAAUUAGAAAAACAAUUUAUUUGGUAUUUUUUAACAGUUGCAACUACUUUUUGUUUGCUUUUUCCGGUGAAAUAUACCUGUAUAGUAUUUAUUUUAAAUACAUAAAAUAUAUUGUUUUUAUUAAAUUGGAAGAAAGAAACAAUUUUCUUUUUUCAAUUUUUGUACAAAAAAAUUAUUGCUGAUCGAAAGAUUUGUAUUAUUUAAAAAAAAUCUAUACAUUUGUGAUAAUCUGGGAAAAUAAAUUUUAAAAGGUAAUGACCACUUUUGUAUUAGGUGUUGGCGUUGGGCUUUUUGUAAUAACAUGCCUUUGGUUUUUUUCGGCAUUAAUUUUUCUAAUUUCAUUGAGAAUUAAUAAAAAAGUUGGGUUUGCCGUGAUUAUUAUUGCUGCAAUUAUAACAGUCAUAUUGAUAAGUGUUCCUCGUGCUUCAGAAAGUCCAAAAUUAUUUGAAGACAAGCCAUACGACCAUUUAUUUAUCUGGCGUUUAAUAUUGCUAAUAUUAAUAGCAGCGUCAUCAAUUGUAGGACUAGUAGGAUAUAUUAAAUUUGAAUUAAUGGAACCAAUUCGACCAGUUCGUGUAACAAGUUGGAUUUAUUAAAUUCAACAAAAAAAAAAAAAAAUUAUCAAUUAACUAGAAUUAAGAUUAACGACUGCUCUAAAAAAAUAUAUAUAUAUAAAAAUAAGAAAAAUAUUCUUAAAUCAACUUAAAACACCAAUUUCUUCUUGUCAAUUCUCGCAUUGUCAACGACUCUAUUUUCUGAAACUUUAUCUAACUCGAUAAAAUAUUUAAAUCUUUGAAAUUUUUGAUAUAGAUAUAAAUCUAUUAAAAAAAAAAAAUGCUGUCAAAUUUUAGAAGCGUCGUUCAACAAACAGUGCGCGGUAUUUCUUUAUUAAGUCGUGUGAAUAAAAAAUUCACAAUUAAAGACAAUAAUGAAUUUGUAGAUAAAGUGUUAAACAGUCGUGUACCCGUGAUAGUAACAUUUCAUGCCGAAUGGUGUGAUCCAUGUAAAAUAUUGACGCCAAAACUUGAGGAAUUAGUUGAACCAUUAAAUGAUUUGCAUUUAGCAAUUGUUGAUGUUGAAUCAAAUCCCGAAUUGGUUCAUACAUUUGAAGUUAAAGCUGUACCUGCUGUUAUUGCCGUUUCAAAUGGACUUGUUGUCGAUAAAUUCAUUGGUUUAGUUGAAGCCAAUAUGAUAGAGAAUUUAAUACAAAAACUUCUCAAAAAAGACUCGAAAGAUCAAAAAACCUAGUCAUUAUAAUGCUUUUUAAACAUUGAUAACUUAAAUUAUGUAUAAAUCUAUAAUUAUAAAUAUGGGAAAUUUCGUGUAUCAUUUUCAUUUGAAAAAAAAGAAAAUUUUAUCGAUCGGAAUCAUAAUAAAUCAGUCAUAAUUUCAAAUUUUCGAUAUUAAGACUGUUGACAAUUUUUUUUCUGACAAUAUUGAGUAUUUAAAAUUGUAAUAUACUAUAGGAAAUUGAAAAACAAUUAAUUCAUUAAUAAUUUUUUUUUAAAAUAAAACUCGAAAUCUUCAAAAAUUAAAAAUUUUAAAUUGUGUCGCAAUUUUUAUUAUUUUUCAUUGCUGAUUUUUUUAUACACUUUUUUCAUGAUUCUAAACAAUCAAUCGUAUGGAUUUUGAAAAAAUUCAAUUUUUGCAAAAAAUAAAAUUUCUGAAAAAUAAAAAAAAAUUACUUUUUUUUAUUUUUCAUUUUAAAUUGUUACCCCUAAACGAAAUCAAUUAUUUUUCAUUUAAAUUUUAUCAAUUAUUCCUUAAAAAUUUAAUUUCUUUUAGAAUUUUUAUUAUUUUUUAUCGGUAAAUUUUUUUUUGUAGGCGCUUUUUUCAUGAUUCUGAAUAAUCAAUCGUAUGGAUUUUUAAAAAUUUUAAUAUUUUCAAAAAAUAAAAUUUCUAAAAUGGUCAAAAGAAUUUUUUUUUUUUUUAAUUUUGAUAAUUCACAAUAACUUUAGAUCCCAAAUAAUGCCAGAAAAAAAAAAUUGACACCCCUUAACAACAUUAAUUUGAACUCUUUGAAGUUAAUCUUAUUUAAAAAAAAAUUAUUUUAAAACUAUUUUUCAUACACGUAUAAAAAAUUAUGAAAAUUUUUCCGUUUUUAAAAAAUUAUAAAAUUCUACUUUUAAAAUGAAAAUGACGCAUGCAAUAUCCGAUACGAUAAAAAAACUUGCCUUCUCUAAAAAAAAUAAAAA